AUGAAUCGUUUAAUGAUCAUACCAUCGUUGGUGGCACGUCGUUAUGCGGUCGUUUUACCUCAGUUAACCGCGUUCAGUGGACAGCAACGUUUGUACUCAUCAACCGCUGUUGAACGCACCGGUGAAGCAGAUGAAACAUUGAGAGCGCGUUUGUUAUAUCAAAGUAGGAAACGUGGCAUUUUGGAGAACGAUAUUAUCCUCGGCGAAUUUGCCGAAAGGUCACUGGGAUCAAUGGAUCGAAAGCAGUUGCUAGAAUAUGAUAAUUUGAUUAAUGGUGAGCAUAUGGAAUGGGAUUUGUUCUACUUCUUAUCCGGAAGGAAGGAGCCACCAAAGGAAAUGGAAAAUUCGACAAUAUUCCAACAAAUGCGUGAUUAUGUGAAAUCAAAGGAGCAAGCCUCAACGAAAAAAUAA